AUGAACUUCGAGCACACACCAGAGGACGAUGGCACGAGGCCAGCGCUAUUUCAAGAUCAGACUCUGGUCACCUCGAGAACCGGCACCUCUACCCCAUCCUCCAUCGAACCUGAUCGUACCCGACUCGCCUAUUCAGAUGAGGGAACAAUAGAAGACGAAGAGGAACGCGAGCCGGGGAGCGAACUUGAUAGUUAUAUCGCCGACGAGCAAGAGGAAGAAAUUGAUGAGACGAGUAGCACAGAAGAAUACCUAGCAACGCCUAGGAGAACUGCCCGAAGGAAACCCUCACUUCUGCCCUUGGCAACAACCGUUCGAAGCGACCACGCUCCACCCUUGUGGGCUAAGGCUCCUACAUUCGAUAGCCUCAGAACCCCCGACUUUUCAACCUACAUCACCUCAGACCUUCCGACCAGCGUCGAGUCAAUCGAGGCAAGAUCUUACCCAAAACCCCCAGGCGUGACCCUGACACAGUAUAGCCAUUUGGACUUUCUGCAAAACGUCGCUCUCACUGUAUCAGAUGAUCAUACCGAGGACGGACUUCUCGCUGGAAGACUCCUUUUAGCGGCACAAGAUAAGGCUGCCGACAAUACCUUGCACCCGCGCUCUGACAACGUCCUCGGCCUUGAAACGAUUUCUUUUCACGAACCUGUUGACUAUCAAUCCGGUGGCCUUGACUUCCUGGACGACGUUACUGAUCUCAACACCCCUGGGGUUAGUGCCCCCCAAAAAGGCGACACCUUUAACCAAUCCACGAGGGCGUCGGGGGUCCUCCCACCAAACGCCCUCUACAAGAGAACGAGGGUGCUGGACAAACCAUCGCCUCAACACUUCGCUUACCCAGAGGAGGCUUACGUGGAAUACUCACCGAAGGUCCAAUACCUGUGGGAGAACCCAAGGGCUGAGCCUACUGCUCUGGAGGCCGAGAUCGCAUCUGAGUCAAUAAUGCAGGCGUUUGGAACUAGCCGCCCUCAGCCUAAAGACCCGCGGAGAAUCCGAAGAACGAGAGAUAAGAUAGGACCCGAUUUGGAUCCGACCACUAGCAACAACAUUAUCCGUAACCUAAGGGAUGAUGCGGAAUCCAGCUUCGAUGUCUCGGCGAGCACUGAAACCAAGGGAAGUGAAGCUCCUACCCCAAGUCAACUCGAGAACCAUCAGGCACUGGUCACAGAUUUGAAGAAGCUGCAAGAACAUAUUGUUCAUUUGCAAGCCCAAGCAAGACAUUUGGAGAACGUCCAACAGAAACAAGAACCUUUUAAAGUCCAGGUUCUUUAUCGCAUUCGCCAUGGGAGUCGGUUGUCUGCCCCAUAUCUUGACCAGCCACGCUGCGACUCUGCAGAAGGGACUUGGGGUACAUUGUAUUCGCAAUAUCCCAUCAAGAACCUUGAACUCUACUUGGAGCGCCACAAGCAGAUUUCUCUCAUUGUGUACCGUGAUUUUGUUGAUUCCGAUAAGAAGGAUGUAGAAGACCCAGAAACUGCUGAGAGUGAGAUCCUUCCGCCGCGGCUCAAGCACUAUCGUGAGGUACUGCGACCGGUGAGCAGUGAUAUGUUUCAUACCUUGAGGACUAUCCUAUUAUCCAAGCCUGAAUACGCAGAGAUACUGAAAGGUUUCACCGCCACAAAUGAAGUGUCCAGUCCGUUUUUAUUCUUCUUUCACAGCCUUAAGCAUCUAAAAGACAUCGAAAACAAGAUGAAUGACCCUGUUCGGAGGCAAUUGAAACUCCUCGCAAACUAUGUCUUAGGCAUUUACGGAGCAGAAUACAAGACAGCCGACGCUAUGAUUUCUCAGGGGCGCUUCACAGCCGAUUUCUUAUGCUACUUCUUCAAACCGAAUGACACAAUCGUCUUUCAAGACCGAGAUAGCAUCAAGGGAUAUGUAUGUGACUCAUGGCUUGGUCAAACGCGCAUUCAAAAGUCGUCCAAGCAGUCUCAGAUAUCGUUGAAAGGCAAGAACAUCGCAUCAGGCGGGACCAGUGGGUCGGUUGAAGAAAAUGCAAAGAGCAAUACGUGGGAUAUCUCGGUUUGGUCCUGGUCCUACGAUGGCCAUUUCUAUCGAGAGAAAACCAAAUUGCAAUUCGAGGUCCUCCAGGGCAAGCGGGAAGAGCAAUUUAUCAACAAUAUCAGCGUCUACCCCCUGAAAUUCGCUGAGCCUGCGCUAAGGGAGCAGCUUCGUACGCGUGGCGAGACAUUCUGGAAAUGUCGCUUUUGCCGACCAAUGUCAUAUCAUGAGGAUACCUCUAGUGAUAGAUUUAGCACACACGGAGAGAGAUACAUGGUCGAUAUGAAAACAUAUCAAACGAUACAUGCUUCUAACAUCGCAUUGAAAAGCGCCAUGUCAGAAUUCAAGAUGACAGAAGAAGAGAUGGAAACCAACGAGCCACCAGACGAGCAAUUCAAGUAUGUCGUGCCAUUAACGAUGAAAGGCUUCAAUCUCCGUCGCAAAAAGUGGCUCGACCUCAAAGUUGAUCAAAUCUCUGAUGUUCAAUGGAAUAAGACGGCGUUCAAAAGUCUAGUUGUUGAAAGCAGAACCAAAGAUUUGAUUCAGGCCCUUGUCAGCAAGCAAUUAUCAAUCGAGCGAUCAACUGACCUGAUUGAGGAUAAGGGCAAUGGACUUCUUUUGCUCCUCCAUGGCGGGCCGGGCACUGGGAAGACUUUGACAGCUGAAUCGGUGGCUGAGAUCGCUGAGAAACCCUUGUACAGGGUGACUUGCGGCGACAUAGGCAUCAAAGCUGAGGAUGUCGAAAAAUACCUUGAGUCAGUCCUUCAUCUGGGCAAGAUCUGGGACUGCGUCGUCCUCUUAGAUGAGGCUGAUGUUUUCUUGGAGCAGCGUACUCUUGAAGACUUGGCACGAAAUGCUCUUGUGUCUGUAUUCCUUCGAGUCCUGGAAUACUAUGAUGGUAUCCUGGUGUUUACCAGUAAUCGUGUGGGCACGUUUGAUGAGGCAUUCAAAUCUCGAAUCCAGCUUGCCCUGCACUAUGCCGACCUCGAGGAGUACCAGCGACAGCAGAUUUGGAAUAAUUUCAUCAAUCGAUUAGAAGGCCUAGAGGAAGAUGUCGACUUAUCUGAUCUGCGGGACAAUGUGCAACGCCUGGCGAAAGACGAAAUGAACGGGCGACAAAUCCGCAAUGCGAUAACGACUGCACGUCAAUUUGCCGAAUGGAAAGGAGAGAAGUUGACCUAUAAGCACUUGGAGUAUGUCAUAGAGGUGAGUGGUCGCUUCGACAAGUAUCUAGACAAGUUGAAUGGUGGCAUGACGCAAAAUGAAUUGGCUCGAGAGGAUAGGAUCCGGUAA